AUGGGAAUCAAAGGAAUUUAUCGUGAACUCGGUCCCGGCAGAAGAGUAUCUCUUGCCAAACUUGCUACAGAGAAACUUGAAAACACAGGCCGGCCGUUACGGAUUGCCAUUGACAUCGCCAUCUGGCAAUUCCAAACACAAGCCGCACGAGGUGGGACAAAUCCUGCAAUCAGGACUCUUUUCUAUCGCUUAGUGCGACUACUCAGUCUUGGUAUACACCCCAUUUUUGUAUUUGAUGGCCCUCACAAGCCGGCUUUCAAGCGCAAUAAGCGCUCCGGGAAAGGAGAUGGCGUUGCAAUAGCCAUGGCGAAGAGAGUCAUUCGUCUAUUUGGAUUCCCAGUUCAUGACGCGCCCGGCGAAGCAGAAGCCGAAUGCGCUUUCUUACAGCAGCGGAACAUCGUCGACGCAGUUUUGAGCGAGGAUGUCGACACAAUCAUGUUCGGCUGCACCCGAAGUCUUCGGAACUGGUCAGCAGAGGGGACCCGCGGAGCCAAGACGCCCACACACAUUAGCAUGUACGAGGUCGAUGAUCUAUUGUCUGCCGAGACGGGUCUGGAUCGAGAGGGUAUGGUGUUGGUCGCACUGAUGAGUGGAGGCGAUUACAUACCGGAGGGUGUACCAGGAUGCGGUCCCAAGGUUGCAUGUGAGGCGGCGAAAGCUGGGUUCGGCAAGUCGCUAUGCCGCUUGAAGAUCGAAGACGAUGAUCAAUUUGAUGAGUGGAGGAGAACCUUACGACACGAAUUACGUACGAACGAGAGCGGCUUCUUCAGAGUACGGCAUAAAGCUCUAUCCAUACCGGACGAGUUUCCAGAUCGCCAAGUACUCAGGUAUUAUACGCACCCGGUCGUCUCAAGUGCCACCACUAUCGACAGGUUGAAGGCAGGUCUCAAUUGGAGUCGCCCGAUAGAUGUGCAAGGUCUCCGGUACUUUGCCGAUGAGACGCUCGACUGGGUGAACAAAAUCGGUGCUAUCAAGCUCACGCGAGUCCUGUCACCUGCGUUACUCGUCCACAAGUUACUGGAGAGGCACCUUUCCGACCGAGCAAGCUACCAGACGGCAGGGGAAAUGGAGAAGGAAGAAUCGAAACUCAUCAACCGUAUCGCCGGGAUACGAAGCCACCACAGCACCGAUGGCAUUCCAGAGCUGCGUGUAGCACAUAUUCCGGCCGAUAUAGUCGGUCUAGACCUUUCACAAGAACUAGACGAAGCCGACGAAGUGCCCUUUGAUCGCCAGGGUCUCGGACUCAAUAGCGACGAAGAAUUCGAAGCUGUUAUCGAUGGCGAGGGAGUGCCAGCGAGCAGCCAGGCUGUGCCAAAAAGUACAUUCGACCCAUAUGCCGCCCAGAUGACCUGGCUGCCCGAGUCGCUCGUCAAGCUAGGCGCACCUCUGGCUGUCGAAGAUUGGGAAGAGAAGCAGCGCACCAAGCCUACUAAGGCGUCUACAAAGCCCAAGAGCACAAGCAGCAAGGGCGUCGGCAAGAGGAAGUCUGCCAAAGCCGUCCCAGCCGAAGCCGGCGCGCUCGAUAAGUGGAUGCAAAUCACAAAGGGCACCACUACAAGACAAUCAGCAAAGACUGGCGGCGCAACAUCGCAACAUCAAGUCUUGACGAAGAUUCUUUCGUCGAGCCCGCGCCCAAUCCGCCAAUCGCGUCUACAUCAGUACCUCACCGUCUUUCCCAAAGCCCUGGGAAACACCGGGGGUCGACAAAAGGUUCGUCACCAAUACGACUGGCGACAACUCCGUCCAAGAGUCAGCGGGGGCUGA